CGCAGCUCACCGCACCGCACCGCCGGGGCUGCGCCGGACAGAUGUGUGCUGGGACCAUGUGUGCUGGGGGGAUGCCCACGCUGAGGAAGAGGACGGAUGGAAGGACGGCAAGCCCGUGAGAAGGAUGGCGAGCUGCCACCCGUGACGACGUCCCACGCGAUGUUCUAUGGGUCCUCCUCCACCAUGGCUCCACCAUCCAAGAGCCGGCUGAAGCGCCAGAGCCGCCUCUUCUCCCAAGUCCUGUACAGGACGCUGAGCUACAAGGACCGCAGCUCCACCUCCGCCUUCCCAGACGGGGAUGACCCAGCUGAGCUCUCCACUCAACUUUCGGCUCCCGGCAUCCUGAAGAUUUUUGGAGGCAACAUCUGUGUGGGCACCAACUACAAGAGCGUUCUGGCCACGGGCAGCUCGGGGGCACUGGAGCUGGUGAAGGAGGCUCUGGAGCGCUACGGGCUGAGCCAGCUGAAUGCCGGGCAGUACGCGCUGUGCGACGUCAUCGGGAGGUUCGAGGGACCCGAGAAGCGGUGGCAGACUGAGGGGCUGAGGGUUCUCGGGGACCAUGAGAAGCCGCUGCUCAUCCAGGACCUGUGGAAGCCCCGGGAGGGAUUCUCAAGACGGCUGGAGCUGCGGCGGCGGGCGGAGGUGGAGGAGAUGGCAGCCAGGGAUGUGGAUACCACCACUGCAGGCAUCAACGCCCAAGCGAGGAAGCUGCAGCGGCACCGGGCGCGGGGGGCCAUGCGGGUGCUGGCGGGCGCUAAACGGUCGGCACCCCCCCCGGCCCUGCGGCGCAGCCUCAGCGAGAGCAGCCUGGGCCGCCCCCGGGACGAGGAGCUCCGGCGGCACUGCCCCGCGCUGCGCGGCCCCGAGGAGCGGAGCGGGAGCAGCAUGCGGUAUUCCCUCUACCACUCCCCGCACCUCCUGCUCCUGCAGGGCUACAGCCAGCAGCAUGACAGCCUGGUGUACCUGCUGAACCGCGAGCAGCACACGGUGGGCCAGAGGACGCAGGCGAGCAAACCCAGCAUCAGCCUUUCGGCGCCGGACGUCUUACCCCUGCACUGCACCAUCAGGAGGCUGCGAGCAUCGUGGCACCGCUCGGAGGAGAAGUUGGUGCUGGAGCCCAUCGCCGGUGCCAGCGUCUCCGUUAACUUCUCCGCGGUGACCCGGACCGUUGUGCUGCGGCACGGGGACCUGCUGUCCCUCGGGCUCUAUUACCUGCUGCUCUACAAGGACCCCACGAAGGCACAACCGCUGCCGGCACAGACCCUGCUGAGGCUGCGGGCCCUGCACCCCGAUGGCCCCUCUGUAUGUGGGACGUGCGGCAGCCUGCUGAAAGAGCAGGGGGGGCUCGAUGCCAACCGACAGAGCCCUGAGCCCAGCGAUGGUCCCAGGGCUCCCCGCAGGAGGCUGCAGCUGGAGUUUGAGCCAGAGGUCGAGGAUGUGCUGCUGCGGCGCAUCAUGACGCUGAUCGAGCCGGGGGGAGAUGACCACAAGCUGACGCCUGCCUUUCUGCUGUGCCUCUGCAUCCAGCACUCAGCCACCAGCUUCCAGCCUGGGGACUUCGGGCAGCUGCUGCUCAAAGCGGCCAAAAUGAUCCAGAGGACAGUGUGGGAGCGCACACGGGAGCUGGCUGAGAAGCAAUCCCAGCACCAGGACCCUGCUGCCCUGUCGUGUUUCACCAUUGCGGACCUGCUGCCAGACCUGCAGCACAUCCUCUUCUGGAUGUCCAACGCCAUUGAGGUGCUCUACUUCGUCCAGCAGAAGUCCCCCACCUACAUCCAGAGCAUGGAGGAGGAGAUGGAUGUCAAAGGCUCCAAGGAGUCUCUGUUCUCCUCAACCAUCACAGCCAGCGAGGAGGCGAUGACGGUGCUGGAGGAGGUGAUCAUGUACACAUUCCAGCAGUGUGUCUAUUACAUCUCCAAGUGUCUGUACAUCUCGCUGCCGGCCCUGCUGGAGUGCAACCCCUUCCAGAAUGAGAGCCAUGAGGGCUGGCGGGCGGCCCCACCGCUGCCCGAGGAGCUGCGCCGCGUGGUGCUCAUCUACCAGGCAGCCCUGGACCUGCUCCGGCAGUAUGAGGUGCACCCUGAGAUCACCUCCCAGAUGUUUGCCUACCUCUUCUUCUUCUCCAACACGCUGCUCUUCAACCAGCUCCUGGAUAAGGGCUCCUCUCUUGGCUGCUUCCAUUGGUCGCAGGGCGUGAAGCUGCGAGCCAGCAUGCGGCUGCUGCUGGAGUGGCUGCGUGGAGCCGGCUUUGAGCAGCUCUCCCAGCAGUUCUUUGCUAAACUCACCAGCGUGGCCAACCUGGUGGCCAUGCCCGGCUCCCAGCUGCUGCAGAUGACGUGGCCAACCCUGAGAGCUGAGUUCCCAGCGCUGAGCCCUGCGCAGCUGCAUCGGGUGCUGAGCCAGUGCCAGGCGGCCAUGGAGGUGGGCAACGUGGCAGCAUGGCAGCCCUGGGGUGAGGAGAGCACGGCCGCCUUCCAGCCUGACGCGGUGCUGGAGUCUUUUGACAACCACCCUCCCAUCGUCCUGCCCAGCGCGGGCUUCAAGGUGGACCUGGAGGUGGAGACGUUGGAUGACAACAUCUACCGGCACCUCCUCUAUGUCCGCCACUUCCUCUGGAGCCUGCAGAGCAAGAGCCCCCAGGGCAGCGAGGGGCCGUGCUCAGCCCCUCCAAAGAGCGAGCCACUGAUCGUGCCAGAAGUGCUGGAAGUGACUCCAAGCCCGGUUAUGACCCCAGGGAGCGCUGUUCCCCCAUCGGGCCGCUGCACCCCUGGGGGCUGCACCAACCUGGAGGCGGAUGAGCCCCCCCCGCUCACCUCCACCACCAAUGGGUGCCCCUGCCAGCACACCGCCGGCGAGCAGCAGCUCCAGGAGAAGCUCCAGCAGCUGCAGCUGGGCAGAGGCCCGGCCCCCCCGGCCCCCUCCUGCCUGCUUACACCCCCCACCACACCCCUGAACUUCGACUCUGCCUGCCCCGAGUCCCCACAGGGCACAACCAAGGGGCUGCAGGACCCGCGGAGGAACGGGAUGAGCAGCACCAAAGGCGGCAGCCCUGAAGGCUGCUCGCCGACCCCCUACGACUUCCCCACGCCGGAGUCCUCCAGCCGCAGCUCGGCCACCGACGACUUCUGCUACGUCUUCGUGGUGGAGCUGGAGAGGGGAGCGCUGGGGCUGGGGAUGGGGCUGAUCGACGGCUUGCACACACCGCUGGGCUCCCCGGGCAUUUACAUCCGCACGCUGAUUGAGGGCAGCCCCGCGGCGGCUGAUGGCAGGCUGGCCAUCGGGGACCGCAUCCUGGCCGUCAACGGCACCAGUCUCAUCGGGGCCGAUUACCAAAGUGCUGUGGACCUCAUCCGCUCUGGAGGGAAGAAGCUGAGGUUUCUGGUUGCCAAAUCAGACAUGGAAAUAGCCAAAAAAAUCAUCUCCAGCUCUGCAUCCUCUUAACUCUCAUAUGAGGUAUGAGGGUCUGUCAGCAGGUGCAGCUCUGGUUAGGGUCGAGCUGAUGGAGCCCAGGGUGCACAAGGGAGGGCCAGGACUGCACAGCUGCCCUCAAUUUGCUUCCCAGCACCUUGCCCUGCGCUGCAGCAGAUGGAAGGACACACCGGGGUGCUGCACGCUUCUCCCCAGCAGCAUAGAGCUCCUCGUACCUCCCCAGCUGAUGGCCCCGCAUGGCCCUCCUUGCUCAGUCACGGGCGUUCAGGAUGCCGUUCCAGUUCUCCUGUUACACUUUCACAUUUGCAGGUCAGGUUCAAGACAGCACUGGGAUAUCAAGGUUGCAGAGCCAGGCCCUGACAGCAGCAGGGUGGGCUGGAAAUGAAGCAGGUGCAGGAGCCCAGCUCUGUGAUGGUAAACACAGCACAAGCACCCAGAGCAGGAUCCCAAGCAGGACGCCUUGCCAGGAGCUCCGGUGCCAUACCUGACAUCAGGUGCCUUUCUGCUGCUGGGCUCCAAUCUCACUGCCCCCAGCCCUGCUGCAGGAGGGGAUGCAGCUUCAGCCAAGGGCUGACACCACCAGCAGUUCCCUGAGACAGCCUGAGCCCUGGAGAAUAGAGCUCUCAUCCUUGCACUGGCAAUACAGCCCUGGCAGAUCCCCAGCCCGGCCCCCAGAGCUGGCCCAGCAGAGUGGGGCAUUCUGGAGCAGCCAGGUUCACUUUCCCCAUGCAGGAGGUGUUGGCACCGUGUCCUGUCCACUCCCUCCUCUUCAGGGCCAUUGCAAGGCUGCCCUGUAUCCCGCCCAGCUCAGAGCAUCUCAGAAGUGCUGCUGCUGCUGGGCUACCAGGUGACAGGAUGCAGCACAGGCUGGAAGAAAGUCAGGCUUCAGAGUCCCAGCAGCAGUUCUUUGACCCGCAGCCUGCAGCACGGUGUGGCAGGGCUGCACUGGCAGCUCCACCAGGCGACUGCUUGGUCCCUGCAUGCACAGCUUCUAAGUCUUCUGCGUGCUUUUAGCAACAUUAAAGGGAUAAACCCGACCUGAUUUCCGCAUAUAGAGAUAUUGAGAUCUUGUUUAGCUGAACCCUAUUAAAACAGUCUGCCAUGAAGCCCUGCAUCAAGCCCUGAACUUACAGCAGCAUGGUCUAAGCUCCGGCAGCAAAUCAGAUAUUACCAUUGCAUCUCACAACAACAGCUCUCCGAGGAUUGUGAUGCUAAAAAGGGGAUGCUUAACAGGGUUGGCCUUAAUUAAACCUCAGAUAUUUCACUGCUACAGUUUGCUUUCUGGGCUCAGUCUUGCAGUUGGCAGGAGAGAGAUGUCAGAAUAAUCUGUGCAGGAGAAACACUUCACACACCAGAUUUGAGUGCAGCAGCCUGGCCUGACUUCUCUAAGGCAAGACGGACAAAGAACCUUUACUCAGACAGUGCCUUGCUUUUCUGCUGGGCCAUGCUCAUACCAACCAGCCUCCAGCAGGGACUGGAAGCAGUGUGUCACUCAGCCACUGACUCAGCUCUACUGGGUGAGCAGAGGCUCAGGGCUCCUGGUGACGCUGGUGAUUCACUUGACUUUGACUCAGGAGGUGAGCUGGUUCCUGAGCUCUGUAGAGCAGGAAAGGGGCUGCUCAGAGCCCCUGGUAAAAUUGCAUGCACUCCUUCCUUCUCUCUCUGCCCAAGAACCAGGGCUUCGUGGUGGCCUGGUGUACACUAGCCUGAACUGAAGCUGCACUCUGGCCAAUUCAGUCAUACCAGAGCAAAAUCCUUUGCUCUCUCUGGGGCCUGACUCCCUAAGCACACCUGGAGGCACUAUACGGCCCCAGAGCUUUAUGUUACAGUGCAGUGAGGUAUUGAAACAAAUUGUAAACAAACCCUAGUAUUUACUGGUGUGCAUGAGGGCUUGCUUUUCCUGGGAGGAGUGGGAUGUAUUUACUUUUCUGUUUGUUAAUACUGUACAGCUCAGAUAUGUAUGAUAAACUUCUUGUGCAGAUAAAGAGCACAGCAUGGCACCUGCUUGACAGGGGGCAGAUGAGAAAUGCUCUUGGUGUCAACAAUAAACUGGAUUGAUCAAUCUC